AAGCAAUAGUAAUGCUGGCUCAGCUCGUGGCAGACGUGUGCCCGUCGUCGGCGUCGUUUUUCGGCUUCAUGGGCGUCGCCUCCGCGCUCGUUUUCGCCAACCUGGGCGCCGCGUACGGCACGGCCAAGUCGGGCGUGGGCAUCGCGUCGAUGGGCGUGAUGCGGCCGGAGCUGGCCAUGCGCAACAUCAUCCCCGUGGUCAUGGCCGGUGUGCUGGGCAUCUACGGGCUGAUCGUGGCGGUGAUCAUCCAGGGCUCGAUCGACCCCCCGAACGGCAACGCGCCCAAGUACGGCUCGUACACGGGCUUCGCGCACCUGGCGGCGGGUCUGUGCUGUGGCCUGAGCGGCCUGGCGGCCGGCAUGGCCAUCGGCGUGGUGGGCGACGCGGGCGUGCGCGCCGUGGGCCAGCAGGAGAAGCUGUUCGUGAACAUGAUCCUGAUCCUGAUUUUCGCGGAGGCUCUGGGUCUGUACGGCCUGAUCGUGGCGCUGAUCCUGUCGCAGAAGAAGAGCGACUGCCCGUCGGAGUAAGAUUUCUUUCGUGGAAGGCGGAUGGCAGUGGCUCGGUUAAGUCGCUACUGCUAUCCGUGUUCGUAGCUUUUGAAGGAAGUAGAGCGGCGACGUCAACGGGAGCAGAGGUGGCUGCAGCAGUGCGGAUAUGAAUCGUGUUGCCAUCUCACCUCCUAGGCUUCGCUGCAAGUGAUAACGCUAAUACUACAACCCUUUUGCAUAAGUUAC